UUCGUUCACAAAGCCUAACUAAUAAUAUAAAAUACAACGAAAAUAUACUGACUGUUGAUCAAUUCAACGAGCUUUUACAACACGAACCGAAGAAGCGACUCUCGCGACUUUGGUUUCCUCGCCAACAACACAUCUACGGACAAUAAAAAGAGAACGGUAUGCCGUUGCCUUCGAGCUCCUUCUCCCAGCAGGGACCCACAUGCUUUGAUAAGAUGAAGACUGGCUUUAUCAUUGGCUUCUGCGUCGGCAUGGCCAGUGGAGCAUUAUUCGGGGGCUUCUCGGCCCUCAGAUACGGACUGCGUGGACGCGAGCUUAUCAACAAUGUGGGAAAGGUGAUGAUACAGGGCGGUGGAACUUUUGGCACCUUCAUGGCCAUUGGUACAGGAAUUCGCUGCUGAUCGCACAUAGCAGCCUCUAGAGAUACCUUUCUGCUGGCAUUUUUGGCGAAGUUUUAGACUAUACACACUUAAACUAAUAAUUAUUCAAGCAUUGUUUAAAUUACGCUAAGUUAUUUCAAUAGAGACUUUAAAUGAA